CCGGCGCGGGGGUCGGGCGAGCCGCGGGGCUGCUCCCGCUGCGCCCCCGGCACUGCGCCGGGAGCUCCGGGACCCGCUGCUCGCACACCUGCCCUGCGCCGCUCACACUUUGUUCUCAGGUGCCCCCGCGGAGCUGCCGCGUCCCGACCCCGCAGAGUUCAGGGCAGGUUCGCCUCGAUGGCGCCUGCCGAGUGUCACAAACGCCCCGGCUCGGGAUGCGCUCCAGGGCGGGCAGCGGCGGCUCAGGGGCUGCGGGUUCCCCCUCUCAUGCCCGCGCAAUUGCCUCCCGCUUCCCUCCCUGCUCCGUGCCGCCGAGCAUUCCCUCCCGGUGCUGAGGACCGGGCAGGGAGUCACUGCCUGUGCCAGGCCCUUCGAGGCAGGUUCCUGUAGUCGGCAGGUGAUUUUGCCUUGAGCAGAGAGCAGGGACUUUGCUGAGGGGAAGGCAGAAGUCUGGGUGAGAUGAAAGCCCACGGCCCCGGUGGGGGAGCGGUGCUGGUGGCCGUUCUUCCCGCGGGAGCAGCCGGUGCCAGGGAAGUGCUGCUGCCGGCGGUGCUGGUUCGCGGGCCGCCUUCCUGCCCUGCACAGCUGUGCGGCACAGCCGAUUAGAAACUGCUGUUCCACCCCAGAAAUGACUGUGCUUGGCUGCGAGGACUUCACAGUGUGAGAUAAGGUGCCAGCACCCGGCCCCGCUGAGGCCUGGCUCGGGCGGUGUCAGAUACAACCCAUUAGCGGGAGAGCGCCGCGGGGAGCGAUUCAGUGAGCAGCCUCUCACAGCUUCCCGGAAUUACCUGGAAGAUGUCCCGGGUCAUCUGUCAGCAUCAGAAGUGUCCUGCUCACCCUGCCGCGGGGGCCACAGGGAGCAGCACAGCCACCUCCAACCCUUGCCGCUGUCCCUGUGCCAGGGGCAACACAACCCACAGCUGCCCUGAAGCCCCUGAGCUGAGUCGGUUCAGCAGAGGGCAUUCUCUUGCUGGUGGGAUUUUGCUGAUGCCAGUGUGCCCCACAGCUCACAGCCCCUCUCCAGCCAUCUGCCUCAGCGGAGAGCAAAUCCUGGGGCGAGCAGCUGGUGGCACAGAUGUGGGCUCCCCCCACUCCUGCCAGAGCUGCACUCCCAUCCCGUUCCCAGCAUCUCCCCACGGGACGGCGGUGAGACCAAACCCAUCCCAGACCUCACCGUAGCUGAGCGAGCGUGGCAGUGAGGGUCAAACGUCUCUGGACCGUGGGGCAGCGAUGUCCUACCAGGGAGCAUCCCAGCUGCUCCUGCAGCACCAGCGGAAGGAUGUGGGCAGCACGGUCCAGUCCCAGCACCGUGUCCUGAGCUGGGCUCAGGCCCAGCCCAGGGUGAGGGAGAUUGGGCAGUGCUGGUAAUCCUGCUGCACUCAAGGGAUUACUGCUCGCUCUGGCCUGGGAAUUAAGGGAUUUCUCUAAGUGGGGUUGAUGCAGCCUCCAGCAAAGCAGCUUGUGCCUGGGGGACCUCGCUGUCUGGGGCAGGAUGGAUGCGUGGAGGCAGGAUGGACUAUGCAAGGUGUGGGGGAUCCACAAAGGAGGGUGGGCUGCCACAUCCCCCAGCAGGCCAGGGGGUUCCCCACCCAGAGAAUCCCUGUCCUCCUCAUUGUCAGCCUGCACAGCCCUGUUUUGCCAGUGGGCACUGGCAACUUCUUGGCACAGGCUCAGCUGUUUCAGAGGCAUCCUGGGACCAUGGCAUGCCCCUCUGCACCAGGGGAUGCUGCUGGGGAAGCUGCCAAUGAUGCCCCAGCUCCUUCCUUGGCAUGAUGGGGGGUGAGCCAGGGCGAGUCGCUGGGCCCAGCUCGGGGGCUCCCAGACCGAAGGUGCAGGGACAGUGCAGGGGUAGCAGUGGGCUCGGAGAGCAGAGCUGGGUGCUCGGGCAGAGGCAGUUGGCUGGUUCUUCUCCUGAGAUGUUUGGAGCAGAGAACGAUGAGCCCCACUGCUGAUGCUCACAAUCACACGUCAUCGGGGCUGCAGCCGUGGUUAUUGUGACCUAGAGGUGUUUGUAAGCACCCCACCUCACCCAGGCAGGGUCCAAGGACCAAACUGAGCAUCUGGAUCACUCUGCAUGGGAGAGGCCACCUGGCCCUGCCUCAUCCUGGCCACAGCACCCGUGUGCCCUAUGGGAGUUUUUCCAGAUGCCAGUCCAGGCCCCGGGCAGGUGCUUGCCACAGCAUGUUCCCAGCUCAGCCCCACUGUGUCCCCAGCUCUCUUUGCCUGCCCUUUUGCCUCCCUGUGAUGGGGCAACCACUGCUCUGGCCUCUGGGAAAGGGGAAGUGGUGCUGAAAGCAGGAGGUCAGUCACGUCAGUGGCGAAUGCCUGGCUGCCCUCGCAGCUCCAGAAGCUGCCCUUCUCCACUGUCUCUCCUGUCUGUAGUCACAGUGCUCCCGGGAGCAGGGACUGCUCCUGCCUGCCAGGGUGCCCUUCCCCACCGCCCACCCCAUCUGGGCUCCUGCCUGCCCCACUUGGGUUACUCCUGGCUCAGCGAUCCCAGUGACUGUUGGGGCAGGCGAGCAGAGCUGCUGGGCUGCUCCUGCCCCAACAGGCCCUGGGGUUUGUUACUCAUGGCCGUGCCCUGUGCUCAAGAUCACUUCUGCUUUGAGGGAAGGAGCCGUCAGUCCGGUUUGGGUUUGCUCAGUGCUUGUGGGGUAGGAGAGCAGGAGGGCUGCACCUUUCCCUAGCUCCACAGCUCUGCCUCAGGCUGGGAUCCCAGGGCAAGACCCCCCAGUUCCUGCUGCAGAAGGCCCCCCACAUUCCAGGAUCAGAGCAGAGUGGGCAGCACCUCUGGGGCAUGACCAGGGCUCGGCACCUGCCCAUGCCUGCACACAGGGCUGGCUGAGCCUGUCAGGCUGUGCCGGGGUCGGGGCCCGGGCCCUGCGCCCCGGGAGCGGGGGUUGUGGUGCUCCCCCACGCUCACACGCCGCGCUGUCUCUGGGUGCACCUUCCUUCAUGCAGCGCUCGUUGCUACGCGACCGCCGGCUCCCGAUGCUUAAUGCUCUAAUACGGAGGGAUAAAACCACUCUAAAAAUACCCCGCUGCCGGCCCCCUGCGGGGGCAAGGGGGCUGCUGGGGGGCAGGCGGCCUGGGCGCAGGGGCUGCUGGGGACUUCCCAAACUCCUCGUCCUCUAAGUGGCUUUGAGCCGUGGGCCGGGGCUCCGGCAGCGGCACGGGCUGGUGUGCCGGUGCGGCCGGGAUUGGCUGGGACUGGCGCGUGGGCUCCUGCGGCUGGAGCUCCCCUGCCAGAGCCAGCUCCAGCCAGAGCCGGGAGUGCUCCGGCUCCCCUGCCUGCACCCUGCCCGUGGGCCCUGGCACCAGAGAGCCCGCUGCUCGGCCACGUGCACCCGCCUGGCCUCUGCCUGCUGCUACCUGGCCUCUGCCUGCUGCUGCCGGACCUCUGCCUGCGCCUGCCUUGCCCCCCGGAACUGGUGGCAUCCUGUGUGGGACCCCUGCAGCAUGGGGACAGUCAGCGAGCUCUGCGCCUCCAGUUUCCAGGCCUUCCUCUGCCCCUCGGUGGCUGCCAAGGCAGUGCCCAGUGACCUGACCCCAGAGGAGUGCCAGGAGCUGGAGAACAUCCGCCGCCGCAAGCAGGAGCUGCUGGCCGACAUACAGCGCCUGAAGGAUGAGAUAGCAGAAGUGACAAAUGAGAUCGAGAACCUGGGCUCCACCGAGGAGAGGAAAAACAUGCAGAGGAACAAACAGGUGGCAAUGGGCAGGAAGAAAUUCAACAUGGAUCCCAAGAAGGGCAUCCAGUUCCUGAUUGAGAAUGACCUGCUGAAGAACACGUGCGAGGACAUCGCUCAGUUCCUGUAUAAGGGAGAAGGCCUCAACAAGACAGCCAUCGGCGACUACCUGGGCGAGAGGGAUGAGUUCAACAUCCAAGUCCUGCAUGCCUUUGUGGAGCUGCACGAGUUCACCGACCUCAACCUCGUGCAGGCCCUGCGGCAGUUCCUGUGGAGUUUCCGGCUGCCCGGGGAGGCGCAGAAGAUCGACCGGAUGAUGGAGGCCUUUGCGCAGCGGUACUGCCAGUGCAACCCCGGCGUCUUCCAGUCCACAGACACGUGCUAUGUGCUGUCCUUUGCCAUCAUCAUGCUGAACACGAGCCUGCACAACCCCAAUGUGAAGGACAAGCCCACAGCAGAGCGAUUCAUUGCCAUGAACCGCGGCAUCAACGACGGGGGAGACCUGCCCGAGGAGCUGCUCCGGAAUCUCUAUGAGAGCAUCAAGAAUGAGCCCUUCAAAAUACCUGAGGAUGAUGGCAACGACCUCACCCACACCUUCUUCAACCCCGACCGGGAGGGCUGGCUCCUGAAGCUUGGAGGCAGGGUGAAGACAUGGAAGCGGCGCUGGUUCAUCUUGACCGACAACUGCCUUUACUACUUCGAGUAUACAACGGAUAAGGAGCCCCGUGGCAUCAUACCCCUGGAGAACCUGAGCAUCCGUGAGGUGGAGGACUCAAAGAAGCCCAACUGCUUUGAGCUCUACAUCCCUGACAACAAGGACCAGGUGAUCAAGGCCUGCAAGACAGAGGCGGAUGGGCGUGUGGUGGAGGGGAACCACACUGUGUACCGCAUCUCUGCCCCCACACCUGAGGAGAAGGAGGAGUGGAUCAAGUGCAUCAAGGCAGCCAUCAGCCGGGACCCCUUCUACGAGAUGCUGGCUGCCAGGAAGAAGAAGGUCUCCUCCACCAAGAGGCACUAGCAGCCAGACUGGCCUUGUGAGGCCAGCAUGCCCUCGGCAGCCCAAGCGUCCCCCUGUCCCGGGGGUCUGUGGGGCGGGGGCUGCACUGCAGCCUGGCCCUAGGGUCCAGGGCCCAGCUUCAGCUUCACUGUUUCUUUUCCGUGGGGGGAGGGAGGGGGCACAGGCAUCUUGGUGCCUCUGGCCCUCCAUCACUGCCUCAUCGCCAGAACGGUGUCUUCAUGGGCUCAAGCUGGGACACAGCACCCCUGGGAGCUCAGCCUCAGCACCACAGGCACCCUCCCUGCUCCUGACCCCCAGCAGCCCUGCGGCUGCACAUGGCACUGCAGCUCCCCAGCACCCGUGUCCAGACACUUGGAGUGUCCUGUCAGGAGGAUGAGCAGCUGUUAGUGAGUAGCUGGCAGUUUUGGGGUGCCACAGGUGCUGGGGUGCAAGGCGUCAGGCCCAGGGAGGCCCUACAGAGACACAGCUCCUGGCCCUCGUUAUAGCGGGCCUGAGUCUGUCCUGGGUGUCCCCACGCUGCUGCCUCAGACCCUCACAGCUGCCCCCUGCACCAGGAGCGGUCCCCGUGUGCACAGGAGUGCCGAAGGGCAGGGACUGUCACCAUCACGGUCUGCAGUGGUGCCACACAGGGCACAGACAUGCCCUCGUCCAGCCAUGGAGGCUGUGGCUUGGAUGAGGUGGCACUGGGUGGCAUUGCCCCUGGCACAUCCUUGCAGCACAGUCCUCUCAUGCCAGGGUGGCAUGGUGCCGUGGUGGGACAUGCCCAGAGCUGGAGCCUGCCCUGAGAAUGGCUGUGGUGGGGGUCUGGAUGGGUGGGGGCUGCAUCCCCCACUCUCUGCCUCACAGUCUGCCCAUGUCAUGUCCUGUCCCUGUCCCCGCGCAUGGUCUGGAGACGCCUGGAUCAGUAUUAGUCUAUUUAUCAGAGGUGUAAAUACUCCUGUAUAGUUUUCUCCUUGUAGAUUAUUUUGUAUGUGGGUGGUUCAGUGCAGAGGCCUCGUGGGGCGGGGGGGGCAGGAUUUUUUAUUCUAACAUUUAUUUUUUUUUUUGCCAUGGCCUUGUAAACUAGUGCUGAGGAUUGGCAGCAAAUAAACACUGCACUGCGCUCCA